UCCCGACUCGGGAUCCCGGAAAUGCGAUUUUGCCGGUCUCUAAUCUCUACUUGAGAACCACGCACUGUGAACUAAUCUACCUAAUUUGUUUUUAUUUUCAGCUAUAUUUAUAUAUUUUUAACAUUUAUUUCAAUCUAAUAGCUCAAUCAACGACAACAUUAAUUCACAUUUUUAAUGGUAAAAGAAAAGCGAAAAGAGCAAGCCUUUAGUUAUAAAACAAUUUGUGGUGGCCUAGAAAUUGUCAAUCCAUUACCAGGUUAUCCACAACCGUCAGUUUACAAAAAAUUGCUUGGAAGUAGGUUGUCAGCAAAAUGUGCGGAUUGGGAAGCAAAGGUUUUUUUUAAAUUAGUUGUGGAAGGGCUAGGGAGCAGGGCUGUCCGCAAUUGCGGAUUUUGGUUUUUUGGACUUGCGGACUGCGGUCUAGAUAAUUUGCGGUCCAAAGUCCGCAAAUUUUUUUAAUUUGCGGACAGCCUUGGUGGCGAUUUUAAAUUUUGUUUAACGAAACCAGAUAGUUCUCUCUCAGAGGCACAGCUUGAAAUGCAGUAACUUUUAGAAAUCAGGGCAGUCCAUCGUGAACCCAAUAGCCAGACGAAUAUAUAGCUUAU